UUUAUUAGCAAACAACAAACACGCCUCCCAGAUCUGUCAGGUAUGGAGCCGUGUAGUUACAUACGAUAAAUUCCGCGAUUAUAUUUUUUAUCAGCAUAACGGCCAUUUUCUGGCGUGUUGAAUACAUCGACUCGUUUUAAAUCGCUUCUUUUUCAUUUACCGGUAAGCUAACCAGCGGCUAACCGCUAACUAACAGCCACACGCUGAUUUACUUACAGCAGCGCGAUAUCACUUAAAACUAACACCAAGUCAUAAGACGUGUGUGUUUUUCGGGUAUUAUUCACACAGCUUAUUUAACAUGGGUAAACCGUAACGAGACUGCCAGUGAGGAUACUGAAAGCUAAUAUAGUGAAGCUCACCUGUGCAGCUCUCUGUGGUGAGAUGCUUCUCCGGACGUUGUGGUCCAGACUGGGAGCCCAGCGGCCUGCAGACAGGAAACCAGUCUUCAUCUGUGCCUCUGCCAGUCUCUCCCAGUCUGUACAACCACGCAAGUAUGAACCCAGACCCCGGACUCACUCAAACUGCUCUGGCCCAUGGAUCUUUUCAAGGACCUGUUGUUUAAACAGCCUUCACCAGCAGCAGGAGCAUGUGAGACAUGUUCUGCCUCCUUCGGGUGGAUUUAAAAGUCUCAGCAGCACUUUGUUAGUGGACCCUGGGGUACUGGCUGAAUGUAGACAUGGACAGAAGCGUCUUUACUCAGCCAACAUUGUCAAGUCGAUGUUAAAACCAAGUUUAAAACCAGCAACGGUGCCUGGAAAAAGGGUUCCCAAAGGACCGAGAACAAAACAACCUUCUAGAGCCAAUCAGCCUUCCCUGAGUGACGACAAGGAUCUGAUGCAAUGUAUCGCCUUUGCAACAGCAGAUCAGUAUCAUUUACCAACACUUUGCCACGACUUGGUUAGCCAGGGCUUCCAUGAGAUAGAUUUACCGAGAGACGCCUCAAACGUGCUGGUGAUAAGCACUGACAUGGCUGCGAAACCAGAAGACGAUGCCGUGAUGUUCUUCUUCAGGGAAGGCUCGGUGGUUUUCUGGAAUGUUGAGGAGAAAACGAUGAAAAGAGUGUUGAGGAUACUGGAGCAUCAUGAGCUGCAGCCCUAUGAAGUGGCAUUAGUCCACUGGGAAAAUGAAGAGAUUAACUACACUCUCGGAGAGGAAAAUACAAAGCUUGAGCGUGGCAACUUUAUUCUGAGUGACAAGAUGGCUCAGCAUGAAGCCGUUCUGGAGAAAUUUGCAUUUUCGAAUGCCCUUUGUCUGUCAGUGAAGCUGGCGAUAUGGGAGGUGUCAUUAGACAACUUUGUAGAGUCAAUUCAAUCAAUUCCAGAGACACUCAAGUCUGGCAAAAGAGUGAAGUUGUCCUCUGCAGAGGUCAUGAAGAAGAUAGGCGAGCUUUUCACGCUGAGACACUGUAUAAACCUGAGGUCGGAUCUGCUCCUCACACCAGACUUCUACUGGGACAGAGAAAACCUGGAGAAACUCUAUGACAAGACCUGCCAGUUCCUCAGCAUCAACCGCAGAGUCAAUGUCGUGAACGAGAAGCUGGAACAUUGCACUCAGCUGACAGAUCUGAUGAGAAGCCACCUGAGUGAGAAGCACAGCUUGAGGUUGGAGUGGAUGAUAGUCAUCCUCAUUACUAUUGAGGUUUUGUUUGAACUUGCAAAAAUGAUCUUCUAAACUUCUCCAAUAAUGCACAAAUCUAAAAAGGGCACUAGAGGCUCCAAAGGGACAAUGCUGCACUAUACAAAGGUACAGUUCUCUGGCUGUGAUAUUUGAUUUCUGGAAGCAGCUGAAAUCCUGAAGCGGACCGAAAUGUUUUUGAAUGUCUUACUGUUUCAGUUGACGGUACAAACUGUACGCUUCAACACAUAAUCACUCUUUAUUUUUGAUCAUUUCUUUACUGUUUUGCUGAAGAUCACGGCUUAAGCCUCUUGCAGGCUUUGAUACACAUUUGCUGUUUGCUGCUUUUUUGAAAACCAAGUGGGACUUUUUAAAUUUGGGAUCAGCUGACAACACAUUCAUGUUUUUUUUUUUUAGUUUUGUUUGCUGAAUUGCGUGUUUUACAAUGUUCAUGUCAUUUUUUACAUGAUGUGCAAAAGUCUAUGAAUCUUUUUCAGUAUUUCAGUGUGAAAGAUAUUGGUGUUUAAAUGACUUGGAGUUGAGUUAUGACUGUGACAUAAUUCUUGUGACUGAAACACUGGCAGUAGGAAAAAGAAAGAAAAGAGUUAAACAAGUCCAAGACUCAAACUGUGAGUGCUGUCUUAUGAUUGAUUCAAUAAAAAGUAUUGUUUUAAAUGUU